AUGCACAAGCAGAAUUCUUGUACUGACUGUCUAUUGCUUUGGUUCCCGUCGCCGUCGCCGUCACCAUUGUUCUUUCGUAAAGUACCUAAUAAGAUGGCGAAGGCGUGACUAGUGCACCUUUCGCUUGACGAAAAUUUUGGUGCAAAGUUUCUCUUUUUUUGCGUACAGUGUUUUAGACCCAGAGAUUUCUAAAGGGCCUCGCGAUAUAUAGUGCAGCGUUAACAACGCGCAGGCGUUCUUUUGAAAAUGCACUCCCUUCGAUUCUUUCUGGCACCAAUCCUAAACACCACCCUAACCAUGCCAUCUGCAAACUCCUAUCAAUCCAAUUUACGUGGGAGGUGUAAAUAGAGUCAUGAGGCAGGGAAUCCCCUGCAAAUUCAUAACAAACAUUUUUAAGAGCCCCACAUUUAUUUCAAGUAUUUAUCACAAGAGUAUAUUUGACCUCCUUUAUCUUCCAGCAGCUUUGUCCUUCAUUACCUACUGAUGGUAUGGAUGAAAUAAUCACUGGAGCCAAUGUGCAGUGUUUAAUUCUUGGUCAAUCAGGAAAAAUAAGGUUGGUCUACAUUGGAAAUAACACAGAGGAUAACUUCAGGGACGCAAUUAAAAAUCUGCUGACAUUUCAGGUCGACAACAUUGCUGAGAUUGAUGGACAAGGGGGUGAAGUUGGUAAAACCGGUACGAAGAAACACGUUCUUAACUCCUUAGGCUCGCAGCAAUUUACUUUCUCAAAGGUUGAUAACGUUUCAUAUUAUCAAGGCAUCGACGUUAUCACAAGUGUCAAUCUAUCGGCGUUCCUAUCUGGACCACAGGCCACCCUUGACAUCAUGGUGUUACUGUUUCUUCAAGAGGGGAAUGUCACCUUUGGCAAUGAAUCGUUUGCAGUGUUCAAGGGAACCUUCGUGAUUAACAUCAAGGCUUAACUUAGUUUACUUGGCGAUCACCAUGAAAUAGUCAUUCAUAACCCAAGACAAUAAAAAACCGCUUUGACAGUUAGAAAGUUAGAAAAUAAUCUCUUUCAAUCCCCUUUCAAGGAAACUUUGAGCUAAUUUAAUGUCAUAAACACCGUAGGAAAAGAUACCAACGUGUUCCAGAAGUACUGGUAUUAGAUUCGUACCAUAGAUACAGCACCUGAGGAUUUAUUGGAAGCUAGCUAAUGGCGUGGAGAAAGACGGGAUUACUCGCAAUAAAGAAGAGGCUGUAAAUUAUAAUCUUCCUACAGCUUUUCACAUCGAUCAUAAGGGCAACUAUUUACUUUUAAAGAUAAAAUCUCUGUUGAAUCAAAUCUUUUAACGGUUUAGUUUUCGAAUAGUCGUAUUAUCUUGGUACCUUGUUGCCCUUGUGAUGGCAAACAUAACUUUGACCUCGUUUAUAUGGAUAAAACUUGUCACAGGUAAAUCAUAAAAGGAUCAAUAGCCUACCCGAUCUACCCCGGGCAAGCCAACGUUUCUUACAUUUGACAAUAAACCUUAGCAAACCGUUGACAAGAGAAGCAAAAGGUUGCCUCGGCUAGAAGGGUGACCUUCCUAGCCAGGUGCAAACCCUUUUGUGAUGGUAGGGCUACCCUCGCCUCACCCUCCUAUUCGAGAACGUUUUCUCCAUAUAAACACUUGCUCGGCCACUUUUUGGCAACUUCUCUUACUGUUCGAGCAACUUUUUGCAUUCACGCUGAGCAAUUCCUCUAGUUAUCUUCUAAUUCUGGGUUAUCGGAGCACCUUUCAGUGCUUAAAUAGGUCUUUCUUCCAUAUUUCACGAUGUUUAGUAGACAAUUUAUGAAUUUCCUGUCAAACAAAAAAUAAAAAAUGAGCCAAAUCCUACCCCCUGAGAUCAUGGGCGCAAGAUAAAAGUAGCCGGCCUACUAGGUCAGCGGUUUUUGUAGAAAAUUCAAAAUGUGGACGAAGACUCACACUCGACUGACUUGAGUGCCUUGGCCCUUGGGUGCACGUGAAGAAGGUCAUUCAACAAUUUUAUUGGCUCAGUUGGUUUUUAUUGAGGAAAAAGUUAUUUAGCAACGCUGGUCACGCCGCAAAAUUGCACAAAAAUGCUUAGAAAUCUUACUUUUUUUGUACAAUUUGCAUAUUUUAACAUCAGACUAAAAAAAUGUUUUGUUAUUUCGAGCAACUUUUAAGCAACUCUCGUUACAAAAAGCAACUUUAAAUGGUUUUGUGAAAAACGUUUGACCAACGUUUUGAGAUAUUCUUGAAAACAUUUUGGAAAAUCUCGAGCAACUUGUGGAAAGCCCUACUUUGGCUCGCGCAGCCUGGUGAAGUCGGUUAAGACGAGACAAUCGAUAUCACAGCUUGCACGAGCGUUUUUUAAACAAUCAGAGCGCUAUUGGGUCUGGCAAAGGGGUCAGUUUUUACUUUUUUCUCAUAUAAACACUCGCUAUACAGUUGAUUCCGCUUGGAGGGUCAUCCUCUUUCCCGGGGCAACUUUUCUUCACAUAAACGGUGCCUAAUGUUCUCCAUACAUUGAGGAUUGGGAAUUCUGUGAUGCAGAACUGAACAACUGCCGAAAGGGUCAAAGAAAGGAAACUGGUGCAUUUAUUGAUCUUACACUUGCAAUCAAAAGUAAGGGAACUCCCAGGAAAUUGACCCUACAAGAGCGUGGCAAAUCAGGAAAAAAGCCUUUUUGUUACAAGAAGGAUAAUACAGAAUGCGCGGAGAGUUACGAAAUAGGCGGAGGGACCGAAUUUCUGCUUAACUAAGAGGUACGAUAACUCCAUCUGGUAACAUUUGCUUGUCACGGUUGUAUUGAUUCUAAAUAGUUCCAAAAGUCCCAACGCGGCGUUAUCUAGCGUUUUUUUCUCAUCCUCAAAGCUAAAGUUGUGUGUUUAUUAUCAUAUAUGAAGGAAGUUAAUCUCAUUUUUUAACUCUGCGCCCGUAUUUCAAAUGUAUUUACCAUCCCUCUCUAAUUGAAGGGUACAACACUGGGGUCAGCACUCACCGUCCGCAUCAGAGAAGUGUCUCACUUAUUAAGAGUAGGGACCAACUCUAAAUUAAAUGUCCGUGCGGUUACAAAGUAGUAUUUCCUUCUGCAUUCAUUGUUCGCGAAGACCGUGAGAUUUUGCUGAAUUUUGCUUAUACCUUUUUAUAUUCGCCCCACGAAAAGUAAUUCAAGACAUUCUUGGAUUUUAGAUUCCACAAGGCUACUGGAUUCCAGCCAGAUUCUGUGUCAGUGGAACUUGAAUUCCGCAUUCUAAUCGUUAGCGGGAUUCCCGUUUCCUAGAGCUGAAUUGCGAAUUCCAAAGCUCAUGAUUCCUCGAAUUCCACUAGCAAAAAUUUCCUGGAUUUGGCCUUACUAGUACUUUACUGGGACGAUAAUAUUUUAACUUUGUUUUCGCACAGGUUUUGCUUGACGGCGAAUCUGUAGAUAUGCCUGAUCUAUUCCCUAAAUUUAAGAUGCAAUUAGCAAGAAGCUGUGAAUGCUUGAUCUACGAAAUGCUUUUUAUCCAGGAAAAGAAACCCAAACUGAACACUCAAUCAGACUCAAUAAAAGCGAAACUUUUUAGUACCUAAUUAACACUCGCUACAUUCCAUAUUGUAGUUUUUAAUCACGUGCAACGAGACUUCACACGCAUUCUUAAUAUAUAAAGAACUUUUAACAAUCUAACCUUUUUAGAAUUUGAAAAUGAUGAGCUAGUCAUCGAAACGUCAUUCAAAAUUUUUAUCGUUGAUUUUUAUUCUUAAAUGUUUAUCGAAAGCGUCUGUUAUUAAAAAAGGUCAUGUCAAAAUUAACAAUAUACCCUACUCUACUGGCAAGCGAUAAGAGGCAAUUAGAUAAAGGUGUGUGUUUUCCCUAAGAUUCUACGAAGAAGAAAGAAGGACGCCCGUAAUGGCAACAAUUAAAGGGGCUUUUUGUACCUAGAAAAGCAGUGCAGUAUUAACGUGAAGCUUCUAACAGUAUUGAUACUCCCCCUUGGGGGAUGGGAUGCAUGUUAUUGCAUCGCAGUAGUAUCUCGUCGGACUGUCGAGACCGUUUUUUUGGUCUAAAUGAGUGACCUUACCUACAGAUGAGAACUUAGGAGUGUUAACCGCUCGGCUAUCAUGCUUCGAUUCCAUAGUGUGGCACUUAAAGGGGACGUGUGAUAGAAUGACGGAGGAGGAGACCAUGGAGAAAGUAAAGAGAGUGGAGGCAGCCCACAGUGGAGGAAAAAAAGAAAUCGAAGCAGAGGAACCAGGCGUGGAGGGUGCCGAUGAUAACAUACCCGUUAUACUCCCCCACCGGCUCUAUAGUCAACAUAAAAGAUUUGCCCUUGAUCCCUGCAUGUCGAUUGCAUACAUGUACUCAGACGCAGGCAAAAGCGUGAGAUCAGCUUGA